CUCCGGGUUCUGUGUUACUGAUGCGAGUUGUGGAAGACUUCAUUCAUCUUAUUGGAGAGGCUCAAAAGCCAUUCCAGAGCUUUCUGGUCGUCACCAACAACCUCAUAAUCACCAUCCAGCGUGAACCAGUCUCGGCUGUUUCCAGUGACAUCAACUUCCCCAUGAAGGGAAGGAGAGGAAUGAAAGACUGGGCACGUUCUGCAGACGACAAGCUCUUCAUCCCCAAAGAAGUCUUCACCCUGUCCUCCGAUGAAUCAGAUGACACACCAUAUUUCGUCAUUGGAGCCAUCCUGUAUCGCACCCUCGGCCUCAUAAUGCCCCCACCAAAAGAUCCAUUCGUGAUCAGCUCGAAGAUUCUCACAGUGACUGUGCGUCCUUUACCCAAGCCCACCGAGCCCUUGGUAUCAGUAGAACUUGCCCCUUUGCUCAAUGGCACAACAGAUCCUCAGUGUGUUGUCUGGGACUACGGAAACCCAGAGGCUGGCGAAGAAAACUGGGACGCUGAGAGCUGCCAAACGCUCCCAUCGCCAGCAGUCUCCCAGACCAAAUGUCUGUGCAGCAAGCUGUCCACCUUUGCAGUGUUAGCGCAGAAAGCUAAAGAACCGGGUAUGGGGCCGUCCAGUAUACCGUCUGUGCCCCUCAUGGUGGGCUGUGGCAUAUCCUGUACGGCUCUUCUCAUUCUGCUGCUCAUCUACGCUGCCUUUUGGAGGUACAUUCGUUCAGAAAGGUCCAUCAUCUUGGUGAACUUCUGCCUGUCCAUACUGGCCUCCAAUGUGCUGAUACUGGUGGGACAGUCCCAAACUCUCAGUAAGGGACUGUGCACUGUGACUGCUGCCUUUUUGCACUUCUUCUUUCUGGCCUCUUUCUGCUGGGUACUGACAGAGGCUUGGCAGUCCUACCUGGCUGUGAUUGGCAAGAUGAGGUCCCGCCUCAUUCGCAAGCGUUUCCUGUGCCUGGGUUGGGGUCUUCCAGCCCUUGUGGUCGCUGUAUCUGUGGGUUUUACCCGUGCCAGAGGUUAUGGCACACCAAGUUAUUGUUGGUUGUCUCUGGAAGGAGGGCUGCUCUAUGCUUUUGUCGGUCCUGCUGCUGUCAUUGUACUGGUGAACAUGCUGAUUGGAAUAGUGGUCUUCAACAAACUCAUGUCUAGAGAUGGCAUCUCAGACAAGUCCAAAAAGCAGAGAGCAGGUCCGCCGUUGGAAGCGCGUAGCAGGCUGCUCCUGAAAUGCUCCAAGUGCGGUGUGAUCUCCAGCACCGCCCUGUCCAGCUCUACAGCCAGCAGCGCCAUGGCCUCGUUAUGGAGCUCUUGUGUGGUUCUCCCUCUGUUGGCACUCACAUGGAUGUCAGCUGUGCUGGCCAUCACAGACCGCCGAUCAACCCUCUUCCAGGUGCUCUUUGCGGUCUUUGAUUCAGUCCAGGGAUUUGUCAUCAUCACCGUGCACUGUGCCAUGCGCCGAGAGGUGCAGGACGCAGUGCGCUGCAGGAUGGGUGGUUGCAAAGAUGACAGUGAAAACUCUCCGGACUCCUGCAAGAAUGGCCAGGUGCAGAUCAUGACGGACUUUGAGAAAGAUGUGGAUUUGGCGUGUCAAACAGAAAGAGGACACCCAUUCAUCUUUAAGGAGGUAAACACCUGUAACCCCGCUACCAUAACUGGCACUCUAUCCCGCAUCUCCCUGGAUGACGAAGAUGACCCCAAGUUGGCGGCUCAUCAGGAAGGUAUGAAUUUUAGCAGCCUGCCUGGGAACAUUGCACCCCCUAACCUCCUGGUGCAGGUACCUCCUUUGGUUCCCCUGAAUGAACUAAGUGAGCAGCCACUAAAGAAGGAGGUCAAUGUUGAGCAACAAGGUCAGCAUCAACAAUCUGGACCCAUCUACCUGUGCACCGAGAGUGGGCUGGGUUGGGCCCGACCAAAUCCAUCUUCCACCCAGGAUUCAGCUGGUGGUGGAGGGGGGGAAGGGGACUACAUGGUGUUGCCUUGUCGGACAGUCAGUCUCAAGCCCCCUCCUCCAGCCCAGGAUGAGGGGAAGCCCCUGAACAUUACAGUAGAUGAGCCUCCUUUUCCUCCACCCCCUUCACCAUUGACUCUGCAUCCAGCAGAAAGUGAGGCAUACCCAGCAGACUUUGCAGCUGUGGACCACAUCAGCAUGAACUUAAACCGCUCAUACAGCACACUAAAACAGUUGCCGGUCCACACUGGGCACACGCACUCCCACACCAACACCCGCACCCUACAGGUCAAGCAGAAUCAUCCCUCUGUCCGGCAGAUCCUCACCUCUCGAAAAGUGGAGCGCACCAGAACCCUUCCCCGCAACCUGGGCAGCACCAACACCAGCCACUCGGCUGGAUCUUUGGAAAGGAAAAGAGUACGGUACUCUGAGCUGGACUUUGAGAAAGUGAUGCACACUCGCAAAAGACACUCAGAGCUCUACCAUGAACUCAACCACUCCACCAAGUUCCAUACCAUAGACAGGUAUAACAGGGACCCUGCCAUGUCCUCCUUCAAGAGGGAAAAGCGAUGGAGCAUUUCGUCUGCCGGAGGUGAAAAGAAUUCUUCGAGUGACAAGUCCACCACAGAUGACCAGCGGUCCUGGGACAGCUUUAGGACCAUGACCCCUGAGCAGACAUGUUUUCCU